UACACGCUCUGCUAUUUGUGCCACAGCCAUUUUCUCUAUCACUUUCUCUUAUCUCUGAAAUCUCUUCCAUGUAAACGCUGCUUACUCUGCCCUCUCUGCUGAGCUCUGUCUCUGAGGUAGUUUCUGUCUGUGUUAUAUCUGCAUUUGAUGUCAUUUUUUUUUAUCUCUCUGCUUCCUACUUUUAUUUCAUUGAUGUUUGCACCCUAAAGCGUCACUAACUUCCUUAUUCUGUUUCUCUCUGUCAUUUCUGUAACUUUCUGUCAGCUCAUUUUGCUUGUUGUGCAACCAGAAAACUCACUUUAUUUAAUUCAAAGUGCAGCUGAACAUUACUUUGUGCAUAGCUGGUACUAUGCCCCCUUCCUGAAUCUACACUGUUCUGUGAGGCAUUCACAGCUCCACUCCUCCAUCUGGGAUUGUUUUUGGAUCCAGCAUUGCUAUAGGGACACAUUGUCUCUCCAGACAUCAAAAGACUUUAUGGAUAACAAACUACCAGGAGCAGUAUGGAAUGGGGAGUCCGUGACAGCCCAGCCUCUUAUGGAGAAGGAAAAACACAAUAAGGAGAUCACUGAUAUGAUAGAGAGAGGACAUUGGAACAAUAAACUGGAAUUUGUACUGUCUGUUGCUGGAGAAAUUAUAGGACUCGGGAAUGUGUGGAGGUUUCCAUAUCUAUGCUACAAAAAUGGAGGAGGAGCCUUCUUCAUUCCAUACCUCAUCUUCCUGUUUACAUGUGGGAUUCCUGUCUUCUUUCUGGAAACAGCUCUUGGUCAGUAUACGAGCCAAGGGGGUGUCACAUCUUGGAGGAGAAUAUGCCCCCUGUUUGAAGGUAUUGGAUACUCCUCCCAGGUUAUUGUGAUACUGCUAAAUUUUUAUUAUAUUGUAGUUUUAGCCUGGGCCUUCUUCUACCUCUUUAACUCAUUCACAACUGAUCUGCCAUGGGCUUCCUGCAACAACUGGUGGAACACAGAGAGCUGCCUGGAUUUUCACAAGGACAAUUCCACCCAGAAUGUGACAAUAAAUGGCACCUCCAGUGUCAUCGAGUUUUGGGAAAGACGUGUGUUGAACAUAUCAGAUGGGAUUGAUAACAUAGGAAGUAUUCGCUGGGAGCUUUCUUUGUGUUUGCUGCUGGCCUGGAUUAUUUGUUAUUUCUGUAUCUGGAAAGGGGUCAAAUCCACAGGGAAGGUUGUCUAUUUCACAGCCACAUUUCCAUACCUAAUGCUAAUAGUCCUGCUUAUCAGAGGAGUGUCACUGCCAGGGGCAGUGCAGGGCAUCAAGUUCUACCUGUACCCAGAUCUCAGCAGACUGCAGGAUCCUCAGGUUUGGAUGGAUGCAGGAACACAGAUCUUCUUUUCAUUUGCCAUCUGUUUGGGGUGCCUGACAGCACUGGGUAGUUACAAUAAAUACAACAACAACUGCUACAGGGACUGCAUUGCCCUCUGCUUCCUCAACAGUGGCACCAGUUUUGUGGCUGGCUUUGCAAUCUUUUCUAUCUUAGGCUUCAUGGCACAAGAGCAAGGGGUGCCUAUCUCUGAGGUGGCAGAGUCUGGUCCAGGCCUGGCAUUCAUUGCAUACCCCAGAGCUGUCUCCAUGAUGCCAUUCUCCCCUCUCUGGGCCUGUUUCUUCUUUAUCAUGGUUAUUCUUCUAGGACUGGACAGUCAGUUCGUGUGUGUGGAGAGCCUGGUUACUGCACUGGUUGACAUGUAUCCCAGCAUUUUCCGCAAGAAGAACCGCCGGGAGCUGCUAAUCUUGGUAGUUUGCGCAUUCUCCUUCCUGAUCGGGCUUGUAAUGCUUACUGAGGGAGGGAUGUACGUCUUUCAGUUGUUUGACUAUUACGCUGCUAGUGGAAUGUGCCUGCUAUUUGUGGCUAUUUUUGAAACAGUCUGCAUUGCCUGGGUAUAUGGAGCUGAUAACUUUUAUGAUAACGUGGAACAUAUGAUUGGAUAUAGACCCUUACCCAUAAUCAAAUACUGCUGGCUUUUUGUUACUCCUGCAGUAUGCCUGGCCACUUUCCUGUUUUCGUUGGUGAAGUACACCCCUCUUCAAUAUAAUAAACGCUACGUAUACCCAUGGUGGGGGGAUGCUUUGGGCUGGCUGCUUGCUCUGUCUUCUAUGGUGUGCACCCCACUUUGGGUCUUUUACAAGAUGUCUACAAUUAAAGGGUCUAUAAUUGAGCGAUUUCGUCAGCUUAUCUGUCCAGACCCUGAUCUACCACAGAAGCCUCAACGUGAACAGCAGACAACAAAUACAGGAGGAAUUUUGCUAGAUGAGUCUCCAUGCUAGUAAUAGCUGUGAUAUAGAAAUACUGUAUAUAUAUUAUCUUACACUCACAAGGAUUGACUCACUGCAGUGAACUGUAGCAGAGGUCCCUAGGUCAGGCCAUGUCUGGAGAACAUUUGGAGUUUGGAAUGGACCAAAUAAACAGGAACACAUUUCUGGAGAUUUUCUUGGGUCAUUACCAUUUUAAAGUAUAAUACUUUUAGCAAUAGGAUGCAGACUUGUUUUGUUCAUGACUUUCUGAAGAUAAUCCAAACAAAGACCACAGUUCUAUGGAAAAAAACAAAGGAUCACUUCUUGUAAAACACAAAUGAUCCAUUGGAGAAAUCUGACAUUUUUAUGUUCUUAUUUGUGAUCUUGUCCCUCAAAUUUUGCCCUUCAGUAAUCAGCAUGUUUCAUUCAUAUAUGUAAUAAUAACUUUAUGUGUACCUGUGUAUCCAUAUCACAUUAUUUAUCAAACAUUUACUUAACACCA